CCACGCCGGACUCCGCCUCCUCUCUCCUCCGCCCGCCCUUGCUGGCUUGAGCACGCGCCGGCCUUGCCCCUCCGCCGCCUUUCCUCUUUUCUCCACCCGCGUAACCUUGCUGGUCUGGAUUGAUCCCGAACGCGGCGGGAUGGCGCUGAGGGGCGUUUGGCAGCUGCAGAAGCUCGUGGUGAACUACUGCGAUUGGGGAGGGAGCAGCAGGGGGAUCAGGGCCUUCAUGGAGUCUCAACUUCCAGCUUUGAAGGAAAAGAACCCCCAGUUAGAGGUGGUGACACAGCUUGUCCGUGGUCAGCACCCCAACUUGAAGGGCAUUUACAAAAAUCACAACGAGAGAGUGGUCUGUGUCAGAAAUUUAGCACCCGAGGACAUCAUGUUGCAAGCUAGUAGGCUGAGGUGUUCUCUGGGCAGGAAAGUUGUGAAGCUGAGAACCAGACAUGUAACGAAGCGACCAAGCGUGCAGGGAACAUGGACGACGGAACUGAAGAUGUGAAUCAAAGUUCUUAGACAAGCUGUUACACUGCUCCUGAUGGUGCAUUGACAAGAACUGUUUCAGAUCCAUCGCAAGAACUUUGUGCUUCUAUUAGACCUACCUUUUGUCGGUAGUUUACAGUGUCAUUCUGUUCUCCUUUUGUUUGAGCCAUAAUCUGAUAAUAAUAUGUAAACCUGGGAGAUUCUUGUUAGCAUCGUCCGUCUGGCGGAUCUGAGUGUCAGGUAUUGUCUUAGACCGCAGAAAAUUGUUUUAAAGGAAAGGGUCUGCAUGUCA